UUACACUUAUGAGAUGUUCUGACAGCUGUGAUUAUCAUUUGAAACCUAGGAAAUGGAUCGAAAACAGCUUAUGACAUUCUUGAAAACAAAUCUUGGCAAGAAAUCUUGAACAAAUUAUUGGUCAGUGAUUUUUCUGAGCCCUCAAGAUGUCAUUUUUCCAUAAAUUAUUUAAAGGAUUAACUGAUGACAAGCCAAAAGACAAUUCGGGCAAAGAUUCUUCUAAAGGAAGCGCCACCCCGUACUAUGGUACUGUCCGGCCUGAUCCAAACUUCAACGCCAGCAGAGAUGGUGCUGCUUUAAAAGAAGCCAUUGAAACCAAAGGUGUGGAUGAAAACGCCAUUACAGAGAUACUAGCUAGACGGACUAAUGCGCAGAGACAGGAAAUCAAAGCAGCUUUUCAACAAGACUCUGGAAAAGAUUUAGUGAAGACUUUAAAUUCGGUCUUGAAGUCCCACUACAAAAAUGUGGCCCUGGCCCUGCUGAUGACUCCAGCGCAGUACGAUGCCCAUGAACUCAAACAGGCCCUGAAGGGUUUGGGAACCAAGGAAAAGGUGCUGAAUGAAAUUCUGGGAACGAGAUCAAACCAGGAAAUUCAGUUGUUAAAAACUGCCUAUAAAGAUGCAUAUGGAAAGGAACUGGAGCACGAUAUUCGAGGUGACACUAGCGGACAUUACCAGACGGCUCUACUCGCCUUGUCCAAGGGUAUCAGAAAGGAGGAUCGUGACAUUGACGAUGGGCUCGCAAAAAGUGAGGCCAAGGCGCUGUUUGAAGCCGGAGAAAAAAGGCUCGGAACGGUGUCUUCUGUGUUCAUCGACGUUCUUACCUCCAGAGGUGAUGCCCAGUUGUGCAAAAUUUUCAAGGCGUAUGAUAAGUUUGGCACAGAGGGGUUUGCUCAGGCAGUGAAGCAGGAACUAAGUGGAGACACUGAGGAUUGCCUAAUGACCCUGGUGAAAGCAGCCUGGAACAAACCUGCCUACUUUGCUGAAAGGAUGCAUCUGGCCAUGAAGGGCAUGUUGGAUGACCAUGACACAAUGAUUCGGAUCAUAGUGAGUCGCUCUGAAGUGGACCUGCAGAAAAUCAUUCAGGAGUACAAAAGGAUGUACGGAAAAGUGCUUCAGCAAGACGUUCUCGCAGAAACCAAGGGGGACUAUCAGAAAAUUCUCCUGGUGCUCUGUGGAGACCAAACAGGAGUCUGAGCAUGCAUUUUCAAAAUGUUCAAGCUAUUUUACUGUUCAGAGCUGCACAUCUGAAGAAAAAAAAAAAUGCUCAUUGUACUGAAUCGGUGUGUAAUUACAUUCUAUCUUAAUAAAGCUACUUCUCUAAAACU